AGGCCAUGUGGGGAGGUGGUUGGCGGGUGUGGCGAGCCACAAAAAUCGCAGACCGAUCCGUGAUCGUCUACCUUGUGUGACCCAACAUAUGGAUAGUUAUAAUAUCAUCAUGAAUAUUUAUAAAUUCAGCCGCUAAGAGAAAUAGGGGAGGUAAACCAAUCUUAAACAGGUGCACGUUGGGUGUCACACUGGUGUGGUGUCAUAUACUCGUUUUGGUGUCCGGCGAUAAAUGAACAGAAACGUGGUAUGUAAACCCAGUUAGGAUAAUCCAUACCGCUGGUUUAAUCAACAGCUAUCAACUGUGUGCAUGGGUCUGAGGUUUUGUGAACGUGACCUUUCUUGUGAGUAAAUGACGAAAUAUGGGUCAAAUAAAGAUGUUAACCUUGACCUGGUUUACUGCGCAUGCUGUUUACGGAGGAAGUGUUUGUUUUUAUUCUACACUCAGUGUCAUCAGACGCCAAAUUUUACGUCGGUUUGGAAAUGUUCCAGUGUGACAGCUUCUGACGGGACCGACGGUCACAUGUGAUCGUUUUGAGAAACUUAAGCGCUAUGAGUUGAUGGCUACACUGUGGGACAUGUGUAUGUUAUAAGUGUAGCCUGACAGAGUUAUUUGGUGUGAGCCCGUAGCGGUCACAAUGCCAGGAUCCGUCACUGAGCUCAGCGAUAACGCUGACAAACAAAAUAGAACUCAGGAAAAACAGUCAGGAAAGAGAAGGUUGUCUCGAAAUGAAAGUGAAAAGUUAAGACGUGAUAAGUUGAACAUGCAUAUAGCCGAACUUGCCAAGCUUGUUCCCAUUGUGGCCUCCGCCCCUCGCAAAGUGGACAAGUCUAGUGUCCUGAGGCUGGCAGUUAACUACCUUCGACUACAUAAAGAUCUGAAGAAAAUGAAAGAAUUUGAUCUUUGGAGACCUGGGUUUUUGACUCAAGAAAACUUAAGUGCAGCACUACUGGAGGCAUAUGAUGGCUUUCUGUUGGUGAUUUCUCAGAAGGGGAUUAUCCUGUAUGUGUCAGACUUGAUCACAACGUUGCUGGGACAUUCUCAGAUGGACUUGCUUGGUCAGUCUGUGUACUCAUUUGUCCACCCAGAUGAUGUGCCCCUCUGUAAGGAACAGUUCCAAAUAAGACCCAAACCCAGACAAGUCAAUGGUAAGACAGAGACCAGCAGCUACAACAACAACCAUGACAAGCCCAACACACUUUCUUCAGUGUAUUGUUCCCCAAACAAAGGCCGACGCUCAUUUUAUGUGAGAAUGCUGAACUUGACGAAUCGAGACCAUAAAGUUUAUGACCUAGUCCAUCUUACGUGCCAUGUACGAACAUUCCUACAGCCUGAACACACAGGUUUGAUGGGUAGCCACAGUGUUGUUAUUGGUGUUGGGAGACUGGCAGCUCAACAGCCAAUCAAAGAUCUCUCACUCAUUCCCACGAACAUGCAGGAAUUCAUCACCCAGCACACCCUGGAUGGAAAAAUCAUUUACACGGACCAUAGGCAGUCAGUGUGUAUGGGCCGUCUUCCACGUGAGAUCCAUGGUACUUCUCCGUAUGAUUACAUUUAUCAUGAGGAUCUGGUCGCUAUCCACUACAGUCACCAGAAGGUGAUAAGAGAAGGCAAUAUACCCUCCACCGUUUUCAGGAGUUACACUAAAUCCGGAUCACUUGUGUGUAUACAAGCCACCUCCAGCAUUUGUUGUGACAACUGGACAAAGCAACCGAAGUUUAUUCUCAGCAAUAAUGUGAUCAUUAGUGAAGACGAUUUCAGUGUGCUGAUGUUGAAGCAGAGGGAAGACUUAAACAGAAUUCUAAAUGCAUGUAAACAGUCAGAUAGUGCCAUAACCGAGAGUCCUCAAGAAUCAGACCAAGAAGGUCCUGUGUCUGCAAAGAGACAGCGAUUGGAACCUUCUCCAGACUCCCAGCGGGACUCUGAGGUGUCUGCCAACUCCAGAGGAGAGCAGAACCUUUCUGAAGAAACCAGCCCUCUGUCUUGUAUGAGUAACAGCCUUGUUGAUAGCCCACAUGUGUCUCCCUUAUCCAACCAGGAUCCAGCUAGCGAGCUUACAAUGGAACUGACACCUGAUGUUAGUGAAGCCAGCAUAAACACCAGGAGGAAUGAUUCCACCAAUAACAGCAACAUUGACUCCUCGUUUACAGAUCUCCAGUCCCAGGGUUUGGACUCAAGGACAGGUAGCAGUAAAAAUGGCUCUAUACUGGCUAACUUGUUGUAUGGCCUUGACAGUCCUCAAGAGAAGGCCGUAUCCUUGCCACUGCCUGUUGUAUCCAGUGAUGCAGGAAACCAGCCUUUAUCAGCCAAUACAGACGUAUCCAUCACUUCAGGACAGCUAGCUACAGUUUCAGAAAGUGCAAAUCCCUCAGGUAGUUCGGCCUCAAUGCCUUCAGGAUCCAGUGUUUCAGUUUCUAAAACACCCAACUUGAAAACAGUUAUGGUACAGAAUCAGCUGUCUCGGCAGCUCAUGGAUAAGUACCAACUGCUGGAGAGCACUAUUGAGAAACAGGAGAGUGAAUUGACCAAUCUACGACAACACAUGGUCAAAUACCUCCUCAUCCACCCUGAUGUCCAGCAGGCCUAUCUGAAGAGACUUCAGGCUCUAGAGGCCAAGAGAAAGCAGCAUGAGAGCACGUUGAGGCGGUUAAAGGAGAUUCAUGAUUACCAGCAGAGGGCUUUACACCACAACUCCCCCACUUCCUCCACACCACCUUGCUCUUCAGGGAUUACGUUGAAAGCCAAUACAUCUCCUGGUCCUCUUGGCGAUCUAUCCUCAGCAAGUACCCAGUCUAGUGUGAGAGAUGUUGAUGAGAAAAUUAAAAGGGUUGUUGAUAGUGACCCAUUAUACAUUCCAUUGAACGAUUUGCGGUCAGGUACCCAACAGUAUUUCUGUGAGGACAAUUCAGCAGAGGCAGAAACUGAUCAGAACAGGCUGUUGCCAUUAAAUGAUGUCUGUUGUCCACAAUUAAAAGAUCACCAAGAUGAUUCAAGAAUGUCCACAUUGCUCAGUGUGGCUGAGAACAGUGCCUCGCAUGUCAGCUGACUGCUCUGGUAAAAACCUCAUUCAGAACCUUAACUUCAAGACAGAUUCACAGAUGUUCUAUCAAGAAUUGCCAAGAGCUGUGAUUCCAACUUCUGUUUCCCAUGAUGGCCAUUCCAAGAACCAGCUUACAUGAAGUUUACUUACUGUGAAGUUGUCCUCAACUAAGUGCACUUUAUAUUUCUACAGCAUCCGUUGUCAUGGUAGUUAAGGGCUUACUUAGCUGUUAAAGUAAACUUCAUGAAACCGGCCCAAAUCUUUUUGAACCUGCUAGUGGAAGCUCACUUUCCAGCUUUAUGGCCACAAUGACAAAGUUUCAGCCACUUUAGUAUGAACCCUUAAAUGAUUGCUUGUGUAUAUUGACAGCGUAGCCAUUUGUUUCUCUGAAAUAGAGCUACAUGAAGAGAAGAUUUUUUUUUUUUUUUUUUUUGGCUAAAAAGACUUUAAAGUACUUUUUCUGCUUUAUUUGAAAGUAACAGAAACAUUUAUAUGUAUUUACCUAUUUCAAAAUCCAAUUAUGUAUUUUUGAAUGCUGUUUUUAAUAUAUUAGUAAUUUGCAUAAUAACAGCGCAUAUCUUUUCUGUCUCCGGUUGAAACUGGGUCCAAUCGCUAUGAUUUCUUCACUCAGAUUUCAGGUAUGAGGUUAAAGUGUAGGCCUCCUGUACUUAACAGGCAAAAUCGUGGUAUUUAGGGUUUUAUUUGCUUAAAAGCUGUUUAGUGCUUUUAUACUUUGACUGUGGAACAGGUUUUUGUAAAUAUGAUAAUCAUGUGAUACAUUAACCCAUCAAAAAAUGUGCCUGAAGACAGUAAUUAUACAUUUAUUUUGAUAUAGUGUUUAGAUCGUCAACAGUGAUUUCUAAGUUAGAAAGCACCCUGUCUAAAUUGCUUUGUAAUGGAGCAUUUGUAUGGUUGAUUCAGCUCAGUCAAACAUAGCUAUUCUGCUUGACUGAAGGUUUAUAGUUGAUUAUCUCUAAUGUUCAACAGAACACAGUUUUUGUAUAAGUAUGUGGCUUGUGAAUCAAAAUAAAUUUAACUGUAUAUUUUAAAAACCUGAAUAAUGUUGCUGUACUAGUAAAAUAUAUGGAAAAUCUAAUUUAGAUAGCCACCAAAAAAGCAUAUGGAAAAAGGUGCUAAAUAAGGCUGAAUAGAAAUAUAUUGUUAAGUAUGGAAAUUGUAUUGAAGCUUUAAGCUUGCUUUUUUAUUUUGGAGAGUGCUAUAUUUGUAUAUACCACAAGGCAGGUAUAAUCACCACCUCGUUAACGCUAGCCCCACCAGUGCCGGUAUAUGGUCAUAGUUGAAGCCUAUAAGAACCAAGAACCACUUCAAUUUUUUUGUGAUGGAUGUCAGCUCCUUGCAAAUGAAGACCACUUAAGUCUUCCCCAUGUAACCAACAUCAGCAACACUCAGAUACAUCAAACUCUUUGGCCAUUUGCUGCUUAGAAGUCGUUUUGCCAUUGAACUGUAAAACAACACGGACACCUGAGAAAGAAAAAAAGAAAAGAAAACCGCACCCCCCAACCGCAAACAUUUCACUACCAUGACCUUAAUGGGCUCAAAAUUUUGUCCAUCUACCAUCAUUCCUAAUCUGUAAAACAUUCAACGUUUGCACUGAGAGAAGUGCAUGUGGAUCAGGGUAGAGUCUGGUCAGAUCUUUUGUCUUGCAGUUACUCCAAUACGCCAGUGAUUCGUCUUCUCCCAGUCGUGGACAGGACAUCUCCUCGGUUUACUCCAGGCUCAGAUUUGCUGCACCAAUAACACUGGGUUAAAUAUUCUCGAGUAUAUUGUUCAACACUACAGAUGUAAUAAAUAAAUCAGAUUAUACGCAUUGCCUUUAAAUUAGCAGGGUAUAUUCCAGCAGUUGAACCCAAUUAUUCCACAAGUUGCUAUUUCCUCAUUCACAAGAUGUAAGGUCAGCCUUAUUCUCAAAAAACGAAAAAAAAAAUUACAGCAGGUGUUCAAACAAGGUGCAGUGAUAUGAACUGUCUACAGAUACGAGUUAUCUAUGGGUUAUAAUGUACAUGGGCUUGCUUCUCAGAGGCCUUUGUCUCGCUCUGUAUGUUAUGUUCAUGUUGCUUCGCCAGUCUGACUACAUACCACGGUUAAACACUUUUCGGUACUUACACUUUUAUAACUUGUACAAAAUUCUUAAAUAUUCGGAGGAAUAUGCAGCCUCUCAGAAAAACUAUCCACUACGGUUUUGUUUAUUUCAUCGUUUACUUUAUCCGCAUAUCUGUCUUGAGAAUGUGAAAUUUUAGGAUAGGUUGAAAAAUGAUUUCCGUAAUGUUAUUGCUCUAUAUGUUUCCAUAUCAAAUUUAACUUCCUCUCACAAGCAUUCAUUGUAAUGCCUUGAAGAUUAUAAUGGUUAAUACGAAUGUAACUGUUCUAAUAAAGCCUACUGCAGUUCAAAUGACAUGUAGGAAGAACUGUCUGCACAAAGCUGACAUUCGCUGAGUAUUAUUUCAAAUAUUCUCGCGAAAUAUUAAAAUACUAAAAACAAAAGAUCAUGCAUAAUUGACUGUCUUCGCCAUAUUUUAAAUUAGACUCCUUGAUGAAGUCAUUGCAUUUUUCAAAAUGGCCGCCGCUUGAAAACGUUCAUUUUGGUACAUUCCUUGUUCCAAAUUCUGCAUUCAGUAUCAACCAUGACAAAGCGUGCACACAGUCGAAUGCCUUGUACAUCCCAGAUUGUCGGCUUAAGCAUUUUUCACCGUAAAGCUAUGUGUACGUAGUGCGGAGUAAUCGUUGAUUUGUCGCAUCUUCCGAAAAGCAAGUUCGCUUUGCAGUGUUUGACUAUUUCAUUAUAUUGAUGUUGCCCGUUAAAUCUCUGUUUAAUUCAUCUCUUCCAAACCUUUGAUCCGUCCGUAACUACACGGCUGACAAUCAAACACACAUAGGGCACAAAAAGCUUUUACUUAGAACGGAGUUGACUGUUGAAGAUGGCUUUGCCACUUAGACAUAAAUCUAUGAUCCGUUUUGUUUCUGUGAACCUUUUUGCUACGAUGUGUCAAACUCUUAACAUCCUAUUUGUUUUAGUCGGCUAUUACCAGAUACAUUUAUCAUUAUGAAUUGUAAAUAAGCUGAACGAAAUUCGGAAUGCAUUCAAUUCACAAGAAUCAAACUUUAUAUGGCACUGGACACAACCUGAUAUAAAGAAAUUUUAUAAUGUAUAUCUUAAUUAUGUUUGCGUGCUCCAGACACUGACCAAUUGGUGUGUUAUAUAAUAUUGUACAAUAAAUAUGCCUGGGAUGCAAAAUUCUCAUAUUGUAUCCCUGUUAGGCUUAUAGUUUACGUGUGGAAAGGAACUGAAUAAGCACGUUUUUAUGGGGAUCGAACCCAAUGUUCUGCUAGGAGCCGAGGGGUAAAUAUGUCUAGGCUAAACUAGUUUGGGUUUUUUUGGUUUUGUUUCGUUUGUUUUUUUGUCAGUAGACUUAUAUGAUCACAAAGGCAAUGUCCUUAACAUGAUUUACUCAAGUAGUAGUACUACGUUUUGUUACAUAUAUUGUGUCGCUCUAGUUAUGGGAUAUGAAAACAACCCUUUCCUAUACGAGGGUCUCCCGUUCUGAAAUCGCCCGCACAUCGUAUGCGGCAACUUCCGUGGUGACAUAUAAUUCCUAUCCCACGCGGGUUGCCAUGGCACUAUAUGUAUAUUUGGUUAUACAGGACUUAAACGGUUUCAGUCUAUCUGUUUUAACACACGUCUGGUUUAACACACGUCUGGUUUU